AUGAGCGACAGAUGGCUCGAUGAGCUCCUCUACGGCAAGGGCGAAACUGGAGGUGCUGCACCAUCAUCAGCCGCAGUACCAGCACCAGCCACGGCUGCACCAGCACCACCGCGUCGAGGCAGCGGCAUCAGUAGCACCAGCACGUCAAGGCCCGACAGAACUGGUGCUCCGUCGUCGUCGGCAACGACAGCAAGUAGCGGCUACGGUUGCCAGAGGUCAUCAUCGACUACUCGCUACCCUUCGCUCACUGCGCUCAGCUCGUCGUCGUCGUCAGCGCCUGCCGCGCGUGGCCGCCGCGGGUCCGGGUCGCUGUCGUCACGACGCGCCGACCGCAGCCCGACGGCCAAUGGGACCCGCGGCGGUGCGGUUGGGCGCACCCCUCACGCACGCCGGCCCGGCUCGCAAGACCAGCAGUCCUCUGUGGCGGGGAGGCGCCAGGUGGUUGCGUCGCGCCAGCGGCCUUUGCACGGCAACGCCGGCACGCGACCGCCAACGGCGGUGGUGGUGCCCGAUCCCGAGCUCGACCUCGCGCUCAACGACUUCGCCAUGUUGGACGGCAACAGCGGCCAGCCUCCCGGGGGCGUCGUUGCGACGCCUCCUCUCGAGGAGGACAGCACGAUCUCGGACGAACUGCUCGCGCAGAUGCUCCAGCAGGAGAUGCUCGCCGAACUCGAACGCGACACCGCCAACCACCACCGUGCCGAUCCGUUCGGUUCGCGGCUCAUGAGCCGGAAGGAGCUCGACCCGGACCUCUACGCACCGACCGUGUUCACAUCGUCGUCGCCCACGGGCUACGCGUCGUACGCGCAAAUGGACGAUUCGCUGAUGGAGGCCUAUCGCGACCUCAACCGGCAGCGCGGGCUUGACGACAGCAGCGAUAGCGACGACAGCGACGAUAGUGAUCUCGAACCGUACGGGGGUGGCGGGGGUGUGGUGGCCAACACGGGCCGUCGAGCGUCGCCGACAUCGGCGGUGAUCACGAUCUUGUCGACGUCUGAAGAAGACGACGACGACGAGGAGGAGCUACAUAACCGUCAUCGCGUCAGCACGGGCGAAAUGCCGAACACCGUCGUCGUCGACGAUGAUGAAGAUGACGACAGUGACGAUGAUGACACGAUCGACACGCUCGACCUCAAUCGGCUUGACAGCUACCCGCUCAAGGUGUUGAGGCAGUACUGUGCGUUGGAGGGUGUGGCCGUGCAAGGCCGAAGCAAGAAGGAUUACGUCAGCGCGAUCCUGGCGUACAACGAUGACAUGGAGGACGAGGACGAUGAUCUGGAGCUGUCGAUCACCGACCUCGUGGAGCGGACCCGACUCGACGAUUCGCUGGCGAGCACCGACGACGACGACGACCAUGAAGAGCUCCUCGUGCACCCGCGGCGCCUGCCGCUCGCCUCGGCCAAUCGGGACCGAGACAGGCUACACCGCAGGCGGGUCAUCUCCGAAGAGAGCGAAAACGAAAACGAAAGCGAAGGAGAGAAGAGAGAAAGCGACGGAGGGUAUGGCGCGACCCGAAUCGUCGCGCUGCCCGACCUGGUCGACGAUAAUGUUUCCGACCGCGCGCCGCCGGCGCCGUCCCCGGUGGGCGGGCGUGGUGGGCUAGUCGACUACUACCAGGGCCUGGGCGGCGAGCUGUCGGAGGAGGAGCUGCUCCAGAUGGCCCUGCGCGAGUCGAUGCUGGAGCAGCAGCUGCGCGACGGCGGAGGCGCGAUCACCGACAUUGCAGUGGCCCCAACUGCUGCAACUGACGAGGAGCUUCGGGCCGACGAAGAGUUGGCCCGGAGCAUGUCUGAUGAAAGGCUUGCACGACGGCUCGCGCAGGAGCUUCGGCAAGAGGGUUAUGUGGCGCCAAUGGACGACACGACGGCGAUUCUGACCAGCCUAAACGAGCGUACGAGGGAGCUACGCGAGCAGACGGAGGCCGCGCGCGCUCGUCUGGACGAUGCCACCGACGGCAGCCGGCGGGAUAGAGAGCGGCAGCGCCGGCAACUCGCCGACGCCGCUGUGGCUGCGGCGGCCCCCGCGCCGACUUCGUACUUUCGACGCAACUUCACUCCCGUCUUCAGCACUAUCGCUCCCGCUGACGUGGCAGCCGCCAGCACCGGCGGUGGGGACGGCGAACGCACGAGGCACCGACAUCGGCACCGCCAUCGCCACGGGCGCUUUUGGGACGACCCUGAUGCCGAUGACGACGAUGUCGAUCCCGACGCGAUGACCUAUGAGCAACUUCUGGCGCUGCAAGAGCGCAUCGGCGACGUCAAGAAGAAGGGCGCCUCCGUGUCCACUAUCACCUCGACCACCCAGACCUACGUCUACCACAAGCCCGCCGGCAACACCUCCGACGGCAACGAGAACGCCAA